GAGCAAAUCAAGGAUACGUUAAGAUUUCUUUUGUUGUGGCUCUAGUGUACUCUGAAAAGUACGCGAAGGUCAUGGGAGGUCACGGCGUGGUCAUCGUUGGGCUGUUGGUGGCCGUGCUGCACCUGAGGGACGGUGCGGACGGGAACAUCGCGUCGUACGUCAAGCAGAUCUGCGAGCGGAUACCGAUACACACGACGGCGGAAAAGACGACGGGCGAUAACGGAUUUCGGAUUAUUAUCGAAGGAUUACCCACGCCGGACACGUACAGGCCAGGGGACACGUAC